GUGAGAGGAUUAGUGAGGAAAGGACAAGAGCAUGGCUAGCAGUAUGGCGUCCGUGGGGAAUGGAGUAACUGGAGCAGGGAGUUCGACCAUCUGCUUCAACUGCAACCAAGCGGGGCAUAUAGCAAGAGAUUGCCCGUUGAAAGGACAAGGUGCGUUUGCGAGCAACACAAAGUACUGGCAAUCAAGGAAAGAGAACGAGGACAGCAUAAACCGUGUUGUCAGGUGGGAUGACUACAAGAUGCAGAAAGAAAUGGAGAAAGAGGAAAAUAAGAAGAUGGAGGAAAAAAGGAGAAAAGCAGAAGCCGAACGAAGAAGGCAACAAUUAGACGAAGAAAGGAGCGAAGAGAAGUUCCGGAGGAUGAUUGCGGAUUCCGAACGACGAAUGGUGGAAGAAUGCGACAGAAGAGAUAGAAAGUUGGAAGAAGCGGAGGCACGUAUGGUAGCGGUAAUGGCAAGGGACUUGCGGAGCUUCAGAGCGAAGAUAAAGACUGAGAUCCAGAUGACGCUAGCAGUUAACUCCAAGACGCCAAAACGAGAUUGGGAUGGACUAACAGGUGGUUUGGAUACGUACCUGAUGGAGGAGGAAGUGCUGACAGACGAUGGUUUGAAGCUACCGCCAAAGCGAGCGAGAGGGAAGCGGAUUGCGAAGAACUUCGGAUCCUUAGACGAGUGGGAAGAAGAGGCAAGGGUCAUGUCAAGAGCGGAUUACGAAAAGAGUCUGAGAAGGAAGACAUGUACGCCAGCAAGGACCUCAGUUGUUGGAAAGGAGACCCCGACAUCUAGCAGCAAGGGGAACAUUGUGCAAAGAGCUCUAGAGACUAGAGCGAAGCUCAUGGCGAGAGAGUGGCGGGAAAUCAAGAAACUAUGUGAGGCGAGAGACAUUACUUACGUAUCAAAGGAGCAAGGGGUUCGUGAAUUGCUGAAUAGAGCAGCACUGGAGACGACAAAAGAGGAAGUCGGCAGCAGCAUAAGACUUGCACUCACGACCGUGCUCGGGAGUCAAUUUAGCGGACACUUGCCUGACCUCCAGAUCAACGAUUGCUUCUCAUCAGAAGGAAAUGAGCGCGUCAGCUUGGACGAGGGCAUGAUUUACGCCAUCAAGAAGCAGUACAAGGACCUCCUGGUUACGCAAGUUGACAGAAAUGCUGGCGACCUGGUGAUGAUGUGUCCAUCCACGUACCAGUACGGCUUGGACAAAAUGUUUACCUGGAAUACGACAUAUGACGAAGUGAGCAGCGGCGAAACGGAAAUACUGAAAGAGAUGAAGCGAGAUUUUGAAGCCCUUGGACUGCACAAAUUGGUGAACUGGAAUUCAAAGGGGAAGAUUGACAGUGCUUACGUGCUACCCAAACACAAGGAUCUUGAGCGAUGGCGGCCUAUAGCUCCUGCCUGCAGCGAACCCACUAUGACUGGUAGUCGAUGGAUAGCACGUGCACUCAACUACCUACUGGAGAAGCUUCCCGGAGCAAUACACUUCAACCUCACUGCUACACCCUCGCUCAAGCAGAAUUUGAAGAAAGCCGAGAAGAAGCUCCACAUAUUCGGAGAAGGAACAACGACGAUAUGCGGAGGAUUCGACAUUAAAGAAAUGUUUACAUCCCUUCCGCAUGCAGCCGUCAUGGAAGCUCUAUCCUGGUUGCUAGGCGAAUGGGAGAAGACGGGCUAUCGUAAGAUUGCGGUAUGCAAAAGAAGGAAGCAGGUGUCACUAGGCGCGAAGCUGUAUGGGAAAGGCUACAUUAAGCUUGCUUUCGACUUUAUCCGGAGCUUCGUACUCUUUGAACUGCAGCACACCUAUACCAAGUGUAGAGGGAAGCUGCUCAAGCAGGUCAUCGGAGUACCAAUGGGGAAGAACAGUAGUCCCCCACUGGCAUGCCUCCUCUGUGCAAAGUACGAAGAAGGUUUUCUGAAGUCGUUGGGAAGUGAUCGUCAGCUCGUCCAUGGAGUUAGGUUCAUGGACGAUGCAAUUCUAGCAGUUGCAUUUAACGGAAGGAAGAAGAGGACAGUCAGGAGGGCACUGGAGAUAAUGGAGAAGUUCGAGUGCUGUUAUGGUGAAAACUUAUCGAUCGUCCGAACAGACGACGGAUCUAACACCAUCGAUUUCGUCGGGGCAAGGAUUACGAGCGUGCCAGAGAAAACCAAGUUCCUCAUGAAACCGAAGACGAAGAAUGAACUGAAGAGCCAGAUGGGAUUGUUGCAACAGAAGCUAGUCUACCGCUGUUUUCAGGAUUUCGACUCCUACUCUGAGAAGCGUGCGAAGAUUGGAGUGUUGAUCGGCAGCCUCUGUCGUAUCCAGCAGAUGGCGAACAACGAGAUUAUGAUAGUUUUGCCAGUCUUGGCAAUGAAGAACGAGCUUUUGCACCGGGGUUACCCCCCGGCUUUCUUCCUCAAAGCCCUGGCACGUUUUGCUAAGGGCACCAGCGUUCUCAAGGAAGCCUGGAUGAGGCUACUUGAGUACCUAGUACAGGUAGAUAAGGAAACGCGUCGGGAACACCCACUGGAGAAAUGCGAAAUUUUGAAUCUAGGCUGACUUACGGGUUAUGCUAGACCGUAGUGCCCGAUAGUGUCGGAUUACCGGAGCGGCCAGAAUAAAAGUGGUAAUUAAAC